ACCCCGAUACUGGAAUGGAUAUUGAGAUACUCCGCCGCUGCAGCCGUGCCAAACUGCAUUUUCAGCGCUUUUCAUUUCGUUGUUUUUUUUUUUGUUGUUUGUUGUUUUUUAUCUGCCCGAAAGCUGUAAAUAUCCGCGAGAUUUACAACGCCAGCGAGCCGCGACUUUCGGCAUCGGUAUCGGGGUAUCAGUAUCGUUUGGCGUACUCCGAUUCGUACUCGGAAUCGCCAGCAGCAGCGGCAUCUGGCUGCGGGGUAUCGCUUUUGAGCGCAGCACAUCAUUCGGCCAGCGAUUCGCCAAUGCAGAUACUGUAUCUGCGGCCAGCAGCUACUAAAUCGAAUACAGUCAACAGCUAAAAUCCCCAUAUAUAUAUCUAUAUAUCCCCAUACAUACUUGUACAUCACGGUCCAUCGUCUCCGUUGUCGUUGUCGUCGUGCUCCACUUGUGCCCAUUGUUGGUUCUGCUGUCACCGUAACUCACAAUUGAAUUGUUCCUUUGUUCUGUCCCGUCCAGAAAAGAGAACCGCUGCCGAAUUUCGCAUAAUUGGCUGGCUUUUAAGUUGGCCGCCAGACCAAGUGUCGCCGCUAAAAAGAUACAUCUACACAUUGAUCCUCGAAGUAUUGAAUACUGAGUACUGAGUACUGAGCACACCAUGCUGGUGCCGCCGGACAUGAUGGCCGCACAAACGCGCAUGGUCUAUCAGAUGAAUCGAUUCUGCGAGGAGAGGGUUCAGGCGAGGAUGUUCAAGACGGCCACCGCCAUACGGGAGAUCUGCAAGAUCGUCCAGGACAUCCUCAAGGAGGUUGAGCUGCAGGAGCCGCGCUUCAUCUCCAGCCUCGUCGAGUGCAAUGGCAGAUUCGAGGGCGUGGAGGUGAUAUCGCCGAAUGAAUUCGAGAUAGUGCUGUAUCUGAAUCAAAUGGGCGUCUUCAACUUCGUGGACGAUGGCACCUUGCCGGGCUGUGCGGUCUUGAAGCUGAGCGAUGGACGCAAGCGGUCCAUGUCCUUGUGGGUGGAGUUCAUCACGGCCAGUGGCUAUCUGUCCUCGCGCAAGAUACGCGCCCGUUUCCAAACUCUGGUGGCACAGGCCUGCGAGAAAAGUGUCUAUCGCGACCUGGUCAAAAUGAUGGGCGACACCAGCGAGGUGAAGUUGCGCAUACGCGAACGAUAUGUGGUGCAGAUUACGCCGGCCUUUAAGUGCUCCGGCAUCUGGCCAAGAUCGGCGGCCCACUGGCCGGUGCCACAUCUGCCCUGGCCGCAUCCCAACCUCGUGGCGGAGGUGAAGACGGAGGGUUUCGAUCUGCUGUCCAAGGAGAGCGUCGUCAUGCAGAACAAGAGCAACAAUGCCGCCAGCAUGGAGGGCGAUGCCUGGGUGCUCAGCUUCUUCGAGGCCGAAAAUCGCCUGCUGCAAGGUGGCUGUCGCCGUCGCUGUCUGAGCAUGCUGAAGACCCUGCGGGACAGGCAUCUGGAUUUGCCAGGCAAUCCCAUUAGCGCCUACCACCUGAAGAACCUGCUGCUCUACGAGUGCGAGAAGCAUCCGCGCGACUUUGAGUGGGACGAGAGCUGCAUCGCCGAUCGCAUCAAUGGCAUAUUCCUGCAGCUGAUAUCCUGCCUGCAGUACCGCCGCUGUCCCCACUACUUCCUGCCCGCACUGGACAUGUUCAAGGGCAAAUCCCCCAGUGCUUUGGAGCAGGCGGCCAAGCAGGUGUGGCGACUGACCCGCGAACUUCUCACAAAUGCCAACGCCUUUGAGAAGUUGUAAGGGUUUAGAGUUCACGAUGGGUCCAUAUAGUGAGGAAUACUGGGGUAUACUUUAUCAUUAGUUGGUGCCACACUCUUAGAGUGCUUGGCUAUCGUUGCUCUUGUUGUCUUGUGUUUUUUUUACCCAUUUAUAGUUUUAUAUUUUUCUGGUACUCCUUGGAUUAGCUGCUUUUGUUAACUUAACCAACUUUCUCUGGCUUCGUAUCGAUCCAUCGAAAGUGGGGGAGUGUGGAUGUGCAUGGGAUGAAAGAUACAUGUGAUGAAAGAUACAUGUGAUAAAAGAUACAUGUGCGAGUAGAUACGUACGCAUGGAUACAGCUCCUUGGCGGCCAUUUUGUGCCAUGUCCGUGUGCCUGUGUCUGUGCCUGUCUGUGUGCGCCUGAGUGUGUGUGCGUGUGUGUGAGUGUGUGUGAGUGUGUGUGAGUGUGUGUGCGUGUGUGUGAGUGUGUGUGUGUGCGAAAGUGUUAAUGCGAAGAUGCGAGAUAAGUCCACUCCCCAUUCGACUUAACUCGACUCAACUCAACUCGACUCGACUGGAUUCGAGAUAUAUAUCUGCCCAUCCAGGCGUUCCGGCUAAGCCUCGAAUAUUGUUUUUAAUAACUCGCCCCCCUCCCCUCUCCCCUCUUCCCCCUCCCCUCACGAUGCAUCCUUUGUUUAGCCGGCGAACAAUGGACUCGCCGGAUGGAAAAAUCGAGAAAUCGAGAAAAAACGAAAAAUCGCAAGAGGAAAAAUGAGCAUUUGUGCAGGCGGCUCCUUUUACACGGUGGCCAUACACACUCGACGUAUACGAUUGUUUCACAGUUCGCAGAUCCUAGAUCAAAGCAAAACGAAACACAACAACAUAUAAUAUAUACAUAUAAUGCAAAAAAACAAAAAACAAAAAAACACAAAAAAAAGAAGAGGGAGACACAGAUUCCAAUUGAUUGUUUCAAGUCCAACUUUACAUUGUUAUUUCUUUUUGUAUCUACUACUACUUAUCGUAUAUAAUACAUAGGUCGAUGUCUAUUAUGCGAUGCCUAACAUUUACCACGAUUAUCCGCAGUGUGUUUUUAAGUAACGACAUAAUCCUAGAUUGCUUAAGUAAAACUAAAUGCUUGAAUAAAUUCAAGGAUAGCCAAAGGCAA